AGAGAGAGAGAGAGAGAGAGAAAGCAAAGCAAGAACUCCCCAACCUAUUUCUGGUUUCCCUUACCUACCCCCACCUGGUAAUCUCCGCCCACCUUCGUUUAUUCCUCUUUAUACCAAUUAGAUUAGAUUCCUAUACCCUUUAUUCCCAAUUCACAUUAUUUGCAGGUUUGCAUCUUUCCAAAAUCGCCUAAGAUUCGAUUUCUAGCCCCAUCGAUUAACCCCCAAUCGCUAUAUUAUCGAUUUUUGCCUACCCAUUAGCCUAAAAAUCAGAUCUUUACAGCUUAAAACCUCAAAUUACACCAUCUAUAAACAAAGUUUUUUUGUGGGUUAAGUACAAAACUGCUUUACCAUCGAUUUUGCCUACCCAUUAGCCUGAAAAUCAGAUCUUCACAGCUUAAAACCUCAAAUCGUACCAUCUAUAAACACAGUUUUUUUGUGGGUUCAUCACAAAACUUGGAGGUGUAAAGUUAGAUUUUGAGUUUGGUAUUAGAUGGGUAGAAGAAGAUUUCAAGGGAGUGAAGAUAAUGGAGGUUUGUUGUUCUCAAAUUCUGGAAUUGGGUUUCUAUGGAGCCCUCAAGAUGAAGGGUAUCACCCAGGGGGCUUAUUUGCAAGUGUUGGGCAGAUGGGAAUGGGAUUUGGGGUAACCCCAAAUUCUUCUAAUACAAGUGAGACUACCCUAAAGCUUCCUUAUUUGGGUUUGUACUCUAAGUAUAUGUUGCCUCAGCCUGGUUUUCAGCUUAUUGGGACGCCAGAAGUGGUGGGAGGUGAGGUAAAGGAGAUAGAGGACGAGGGGCUUUUGAAGAAGAAGAAGAAAAAGGGUGGCCUUAGAUUGAAAAUCAAGAUUGGGAAUCCAUCCCUGAGGAGGUUGAUCAGUGGGGCAAUCGCGGGUGCAGUAUCAAGGACAUCGGUUGCUCCGUUGGAGACGAUAAGGACGCAUUUGAUGGUUGGGAGUUGUGGACACUCGUCGACGGAAGUGUUUCAGGAUAUCAUGAAGAAUGAAGGAUGGACGGGGUUGUUUAGGGGUAAUUUGGUGAAUGUCAUCCGUGUUGCGCCGAGCAAGGCAAUAGAGUUAUUUGCGUAUGACACAGUUAAGAAGCAGUUGACGCCUAAACCUGGAGAGCAGCCGAAACUACCAAUACCUGCAUCUCCAAUAGCCGGUGCUAUCGCUGGGAUCAGCUCUACCUUAUGCAUGUACCCUCUUGAGUUGCUCAAGACUCGACUAACCGUCCAGAGAGGUGCAUACAAAAACCUCCUCGAUGCUUUUGUGAAAAUCGUCCAAGAGGAAGGGCCCGCAGAGCUAUACAGAGGCCUCACCCCAAGUCUUAUUGGAGUCAUCCCGUAUGCUGCCACCAACUACUUUGCUUACGACACGUUACGGAAAGCUUACAGGAAAGUUUUCAAGAAGGACGACAUCGGAAACAUUGCAACUCUCUUAAUAGGAUCGGCAGCUGGGGCAAUUUCGAGCUCCGCAACUUUCCCGCUCGAGGUGGCACGGAAGCACAUGCAAGCUGGGGCCCUCAAUGGUCGACAAUACAAGAACAUGCUGCAUGCCCUCGUGAGCAUUCUUGAACAUGAGGGGCUUCCUGGUAUGUACAGAGGGUUGGGACCUAGCUGCAUCAAAAUUAUUCCUGCUGCUGGCAUUUCUUUCAUGUGCUACGAGGCGUGCAAGAAGAUACUUGUUGAGGAUGAAGAUUAUGUCUGAAACCCAUUUCAAAAGGGUGGAUAUGGGAGUUUUUAUUUGUACUCAUCGCUUCUUCCUCCUUCGGUUAUUUAGGGCUGUUUCAUUUUGUGAGCAAGUUUUUGGAACUCAGAAGUAGCGUUUGGAACUUGAGAUGUUGUCGGCAUACUUUUCUUUCUUGGUUUAAAAGAUAAACCAGUUGGUUGGUCUGUUUUGAUUUAUUAUUGUAGCUGCGUAGGAAUGUGAGAAUGAAUUUGGGAGUUUGGCAGACUAUGAAUUCAAAUCUGCUAUGUUAUUCAUAUUUAGCACCUUGACAUUGCUCCAAGAAGGGUGGAAUCAGUUAGGUUGGAAAUUUGGAAUAAAAUCCCUCUAUCCUCUCA